AUGAGAGCUGAUUGGGACGUCGCGUUCGACUCUGACAACCUCCCAGUUCUCAGCUUUAUGAUACGGUUCCAGAAAAAGUAUCGUGGAGCUCAACAUCAGCCUAACCUCCACUUGGCAAGUCUGAAAAAAGAGGAAUGCAGAAAGUUCCGCCAACGAGUGUCGAUCAAUAUUGGAUUACGAACCAGGAAGAAAGUGGACGACGCUGACUCUUUCACUAAAUGCAUUCACGACACUGCAAAAUACUCCUGGUCUCAGCGCCGAGGAAGAAGUUGGCCUUUGCGUUUGGAGACAAAAUCAACGUACAAUUCUGUAUGUGUCACGCGCAUCACUGGUGACUUCAACUGGGAAAAGCGUCUUAGAAGGAAGUUGCGUCGUCAACUGCAACAAGACCGCGAUAACGAGUGGACGUGA